CCUCAGCGGACGCGCUCUCACGUCACACGCCGAGUUGGGAGCUCGAGCCAACAAGCCGUGCGCGCAGCCAAUAUAUAGGAAGCCAACCAAGCGUUGCCCUCCAUACUUCUACCCACGUCUCACCACCAGUACCAGACGCAUGGGUGACGAGAAGAAGAAGACGUCGCGGUCGCCGCUGGCCGCCGCAGCUUACGGCGGGCCCGUCGAUGGCAACAGUUUGGAGAGCGUCACGCCGCUGAGCAUGGAGCCCGAGUGGGACCCAUACCUCCACCGCAAGUACGGCGUUGGCUUACAGCCCAUCGUGGGAGUACUGCGCAACGACAGAACUCCACUCAACACGCCUUAUACACCGCAGCUCAUGAAGCUGCAUUUAAAGCGACACGAGGCGUAUGAUGAACGGGAUGAAUACGAAGAGCGGCCUGGCAAACAGCUCGUGACGACGGUUAAGUCCAAGAUUGUGUUCGUGAUGCAACCUGUACACAAAAUACGGUCCGCAGUGGAACGCAUUGUGGCGGUGGUAGUACCGAGAUUCAUCCAAGAAACCACGUUGUUUGCCAAGUUACGCCCGUUGAUCGUCUGGCACUUCACUGCCGUGGUGUGUGUGCCGUUCGUUAUGCUGCUGAGCCCGAUGCUUAUUGCGCUCAGCAUUUGCACGUCGCCUAUUUGGAUCUCCGGUAUUGCGGUCCUGUUCGUUCGCCUGUUCAUGCGGAGUCAACCUUCCAUCGAAGACGAAUUCAGUCCAGAUCCGGAUGAGGGAGACGAAGACGAAGAGGAGGAAACGAGUCCGCACCACCCGAACUCCAUGUAUCGACGUGCACACCUCACCAACAACCACAGCCAGCGAGGAUACGGCUAAGCUGCCUCCUUCAUGCUGUCCCAGUUAGUGAUUUAAUUUUCGUCGUACUCUGAAAUUGAGAAGUUCAGGAUGAGUAACCACAAAGUCAUUGAUCAAACACUG